AUGGGUCUAGCAAACCCUCUGGCUUCUCCCUACGCUGGUGUCGCUGGGGCAUAUGGUGGUGAAGGUAUCGGUGAUGUAGCAGUUGCUGGUGAGAUGCCAGUCGCUGGUACCACGAUGGUAGCCGGUCAGGUCCCAAUCCUCGGAGCUGUGCGCUUCGCUGGUGACCUCCCAGCUGGUGGUGUCGUCUCUAUUGCUGGUAGCUGUGGAUGUGGAGCAGCUGGACCCAUUCUGUACUGA